CUUCUGAUUUUACUUCAUUGCUUCUCAGGCUCUCUCUCCAAGAAGGUGGAAAAAUGAAGCUUUUGAUGUUUGGGGCUUUUUUGUGUUUAUGUAAUACCCAAGCCCAGGCAGAAGAGAAGCAUUAUUAUAUUGGAAUUUCUGAAAUAGCUUGGAACUACGCCUCCGACCAGGAGGGAAAGACACUUAUUUCAGUGGACACAGAACACUCCAAUAAGUAUCUCCAAAAUGGCCCAAAUAGAAUUGGAAGAAUCUACAAAAAGGCUCUUUAUCUUCAGUACACAGAUGGCACCUUUACGACAACGAUAGAAAAACCAGUCUGGCUAGGGUUUUUAGGCCCUAUUAUCAAAGCUGAAAUUGGAGACAAAAUUUAUGUACAUUUAAAAAACUUUGCCUCUAGGCCCUAUACUUUUCAUCCACAUGGAAUAACAUACUAUAAGGAACAUGAAGGGGCCAUCUACCCCGAUAAUACCACAGCUGUUCAAAAAGCAGAUGACAAAGUGCUUCCGGGAGAGCGGUAUACUUACAUACUAAAUGCCAGUGAAGAACAAAGCCCUGGUGAGGGAGAUGGCAAUUGUGUGACGAGGAUUUACCACUCCCACAUCGAUGCUCCUAAAGACAUUGCCUCGGGACUCAUCGGACCUUUAAUAAUCUGUAAAAAAGAUUCUCUGGAUAAGGAAAAAGAAAAAGAAAAAAAUAUUGAUCAAGAAUUUGUGGUGAUGUUUUCUGUGGUGGAUGAGAAUCUCAGCUGGUACUUAGGAGACAACAUUAAGACCUACUGCUCUGACCCAGAGGGAGUCGACGAAGAUGACGAAGAGUUCCAGGAGAGUAACAGAAUGUACUCUGUGAAUGGAUACACGUUUGGAAGUCUCCCAGGACUCUCCAUGUGUGCAGAAGACAGAGUGAAGUGGUAUCUUUUUGGUAUGGGUAAUGAAGUUGAUGUGCACGCAGCUUUCUUUCAUGGGCAAGCGUUAACGAACAAGAACUACCGCAUCGAUACGAUCAACCUCUUUCCUGCUACUCUUUUUGAUGCUUUCAUGGUGGCCCAGAACCCUGGAGAAUGGAUGCUUAGCUGUCAGAAUCUGAACCAUCUGAAAGCCGGGCUGCAGGCCUUCUUCCAGGUGCAGGACUGCCACAAGUCUCCGGCAGAGGAUGGCAUCCACGGGAAGCAAAUCAGGCACUACUACAUAGCUGCUGAGGAAACCAUCUGGGACUACGCUCCCUCUGGUGUAGACACGUUCACCCACGAAAAUCUAACAGCACCUGGAAGUGCCUCAGAGGUGUUUUUCGAACAAGGACCUACAAGAAUUGGAGGCUCUUAUAAAAAGCUAGUUUAUCGCGAGUACACAGAUGCCUCCUUCACUGACCGAAAGGAGCGAGGCCCUGAAGAGGAACACCUUGGCCUGCUGGGUCCUGUCAUUUGGGCAGAGGUGGGAGACACCAUCAAGGUCACCUUCAAAAACAAAGGACCGUUUCCCCUCAGUAUUGAGCCAACUGGGGUGAGGUUCAGUAAGGACAAUGAGGGCACAUUCUAUGCCUCACAUUCCAGCUCGAGUGGGGGUGGGCCUCGUCCUUCAGCCUCCCAUGUGGCUCCCAAAGAAACCUUCACCUAUGAAUGGACUGUUCCCAAGGAAGUGGGACCUACUUAUGCCGACCCAGUGUGUCUGUCUAAGAUGUAUUAUUCUGCUGUGGACCCCACCAAGGAUAUAUUCACUGGGCUUAUUGGGCCAAUGAAAAUAUGCAAGAAAGGAAGUUUACAUGCAAAUGGAAAACAGAAAGAUGUAGACAAGGAGUUCUAUUUGUUUCCCACAGUAUUUGAUGAGAAUGAGAGUUUAUUCCUGGAUGAUAACAUUAAAAUGUUUACAACUGCACCUGAUCAGGUGGACAAGGACAAUGCUGAUUUUCAGGAAUCUAAUAAGAUGCACUCCAUGAAUGGAUUUAUGUAUGGGAAUCAGCCUGGUCUCAGCAUGUGCCAGGGAGAUUCAGUCUCGUGGUACUUGUUCAGUGCUGGAAAUGAGGCCGAUGUACAUGGAAUAUACUUCUCAGGAAACACCUAUCAGUCAAGAGGAGAAGUGAAAGACACCGCGAACCUCUUCCCUCAGACAAGUCUUACGCUGCUCAUGAGGCCUGACACAGAAGGAACUUUUGAGGUUGAGUGCCUUACCACCGAUCAUUACACAGGCGGCAUGAAGCAAAAAUACACCGUGAACCAAUGCGGGCGGCGGGCUGAGGGCUCCACCCUCUACCAGGGAGAAAGGACCUACUACAUUGCAGCAGUGGAGGUGGAAUGGGAUUACUCCCCGAGCAGGACAUGGGAAAAGGAGCUGCAUCAUUUACAAGAGCAAAAUGUUUCAAAUCCAUUUUUAGAUAAGGAAGAGUUCUACAUAGGCUCAAAGUAUAAGAAAGCUGUGUACCGUCAAUACACUGACAGCACGUUCACAGUUCCAGUGAUGAGAAAACCCGAAGAGGAACAUCUAGGAAUUCUAGGUCCACAGCUUCAUGCAGAUGUUGGGGACAAAGUUAAAAUUAUUUUUAAAAACAUGGCCACAAGGCCUUACUCUAUACACGCCCACGGGGUAAAAACCGAGAGUUCUACAGUUACUCCAACGUUACCAGGUGAAACUCGCACUUACAUAUGGCAAAUCCCAGAAAGAUCUGGAGCUGGAACAGAGGAUCUGCCUUGUAUUCCAUGGGCUUACUAUUCAACUGUGGAUCAAGUGAAGGAUCUCUACAGUGGAUUAAUUGGCCCGCUGAUUGUCUGUCGGAGACACUACAUUAAAGUAUUCAAUCCCAUAAAGAAACUGGAAUUUAGCCUUCUGUUUCUAGUGUUUGAUGAGAAUGAAUCUUGGUACUUGGAUGACAACAUCCAAACCUACUCUGAACAUCCUGAGAAAGUAAACAAAGACAAUGAUGAAUUUAUGGAAAGCAAUAAAAUGCACGCUAUCAAUGGAAGGAUGUUUGGAAACCUGCAUGGCCUCACAAUGCACGCGGGGGAUGAAGUCAACUGGUAUCUGAUGGGGAUGGGCAAUGAAAUAGACUUGCACACGGUACAUUUUCACGGCCACAGCUUCCGGUACAAGCACAGGGGUAUUUAUAGUUCUGAUGUCUUUGACAUUUUUCCUGGAACAUACCAAACCAUAGAGAUGUUUCCAGAAACACCUGGAAUCUGGUUACUCCACUGCCAUGUGACCGACCACGUACAUGCUGGAAUGGAAACUACUUACACUGUUCUACCUAAUGAAGGUGAAUAUCCAGCAUCAUCUCAGAUUCAUAGGAGGAUAUGGAACAUGAACUAUCCAUUCACAGCGAGCAUGAUUUUUUUAUUCCAAAUAUUUAUCAAGGAAUUAUUAGCAGAAUAAGGACUGAAGCCACCAGCAAUCCUGGCUGAGUCUCCUUCAAGUGAGUCGCAAGCUCAGUUGGAACAAUCUGUCCCUUCCUGUGUUGAAUCAACAGGCGUGGUUCCAAAAUGAAGCCACACACCAACUUCAUCUUCAGAUAAAACAGAAAUU